AUGGCGACCGUCGCGAAGGAUUGCAACAUCCAGGAACAGGAUCUCCGUGAUAAAGAGAUCCGUGAGAAUUCGGAUUCCGAUACAGACUCUCAAACCGAUGUCCUGCGCGCUGCCGGUAUAGGCAUCGCCGAGAAUGAUCCCACCGAGCCUAUCCUCACCCUCCGCAUGUGGGUGAUUGGAAUUUUCUUCUGCAUCAUCGUCUGCGGCCUCAAUACACUAUACACACUCCGUACCCCAUCAUUGACUAUUUCGGGCUCGGUGGUCCUCCUCUUGGCCUAUCCACUGGGAAAGUUAUGGGAGAAGAUUGUUCCUGACUGGACUGUUCCGCUGGGAUCGUGGUCCUUUGGAUUGAAUCCAGGUCCAUUCAACACGAAGGAACACACUUUGAUCUAUGUCAUGUCCAACCUUAGCAUCUAUGUUCGUCUCGGCGCCGACGUGCUGACCGAACAGCAAAUGUUCUACGGGUACAAGGCGGGAUGGGGGUUCCAGAUCCUCAUCACGCUCGCCACCUUCUUGAUCGGUUUCUGUCUGGCUGGCCUGUUCAGAUCCAUUGUUGUCGUCCCCAAGGAGCUGAUCUGGCCAGGUGUUUUGAGUGUCACUGCCUUGACUACCACUCUUCAUCACAUUAACCAGAACCAGGUUCAAGCACGCUACAACACUUGGAAAAUGUCUCGCUAUGCCUUCUUCACUAUGGUUUGCUGUGUUUCUUUCUGCUGGUAUUGGUUCCCGGACUUCAUUUUCCCUGCGCUCAGUUACUUCAGUUUCCCCUGUUGGAUCAAGCCGAACAACAAGGUUGUCAACCAGGUUUUCGGAAUGAGCUCUGGUAUGGGACUGCUUCCUAUUACCUUUGACUGGAGUCAGAUAUCUUACGUUGGAUCUCCUCUUCUGAUUCCUGCGUGGGCUAUUCUCAACGUCAGUGUUUCCUUGGUCUUUUGGAUCUGGAUCGUCGCCGUUGCUUGCUAUUACACCAAUGUCUGGAACACUGGUUAUCUGCCCUUCCAAAGCUCCAAGGUUUUUGACAACACCGGAAAUGUUUAUAAAGUCAAGAAGAUUGUCAAUGCGGCUUCUGGCUAUAAACUUGAUCUGAAGAAGUACCUUGCCUACUCACCAGUCUACAUGCCCGUGACUUACGCAUUGAACAUGUUCGGUCUUUCAUUUGCGACACUGAGCUCCCUCCUCGUCUGGGUCAUUCUUGAGAAGCGCCAUGUCAUUGCCGAUGCAUGCAGACGUGUUCCCGUCCUUGUCAUGGAAUCGCUUCCCGGUCGCUCGAGGGCAUACAGCGAAGAUGACCGCGGGGAUCCCGACGUGCCUGUCUGGUGGUACUUGGUAGGCUGUGUCAUUGCCCUCUUCAUGGCCAUCUUUGCCGUUGAGUGGUGGGAUGUCGAACUGAGAUGGUAUGGCGUGUUGCUGGCGUGCCUUGUUGCACUUGUGUUCUACCCUCCGCUUGCAUUGGUCUAUGCAACUUCCAACCUGAAGAUCAACAUCGACAUUUUCUGCCGUAUUGUUGCUGGUUUCGUCUUCGAAGGCAAGGUGCUGGCCAAUAUCUGGUUCUUUGAUAUCGGCUACAUCACCACCAUCAAGGGUCUUUAUUUCGCUCAAGACAUGAAGCUGGCCUACUACUGUCAUAUCCCCCAACGCCAAUUAUUCCUAGUGCAGUGCGUCGGCAUGGUCGUCGGCACACUGUCCUCCCUCGGGGUCCUCAACUGGGCUCUCAACCACAUCAGCGGCGUCUGCACCAGUUCCGCAGUCAACGGCUUCAGCUGUCCCUUCUCCAGCACGCAUUUUAACACCUCCCUAAUCUGGGGUGCCAUCGGCCCCCGUCGCUACUUCUCCAACCAAAUCGGAUACUCCGCCCUACUAUACUUCUUCAUCAUCGGCGCCGUCCUCCCCAUCCCCAUCCACUAUCUCAGCCGCCGCUACCCGAAGUCACUGUGGAAGAAGAUCCACAUCCCUCUAUUCAUCGGAGGCUUGAACUACCUGCCCCCAGCGACAGGAAUGAAUUAUGGCAGUUGGGCGAUUGUCGGCCUCGUGUUUGGAGUUGUGAUUCGCAACCGUGUGCGCGGCUGGUGGAACAAAUAUAACUUUGUUCUCAGCUCGGCGAUGGACUCUUCCGUGGGUAUUGCGGGAGUUUUGAUCUUCUUGACGGUUUUCUUUACUGGGGCGAGUAAGCAUUUUAAUUGGUGGGGAACUGAAGUUUACAAGAACACUUGUGAUUGGAAGGGAUGUGCUCAUUUGGCUAUUCCGAAGGGUGGGAAGUUUGGCGAGUAG